AUGUUUAUCCGUUCGACUGAUACUUUAUCGGAUCUAAAGAGGAACAUAUUGCGGAAGGCAGGGUUGUGUGGGGUUAAGUCAGUGAAAAAGGUGUUCUACAAGAUUCCGAUGGUGGUAGUGUCAAGUGGUGUGCAUUAUGAAACAUUUGUGAUAGGGUCGGAUGAAGACAUGGAGGGACUUCAGUGCCAAAUUCUCAGUCGACGACGGUGGGGGGGUGCUUCUACUUUGAUGCCUGUCGUUGCAGCCGGUUGUCUCUUAGCUGCACCUCCACUUGUUCUAGCACCGGUAGUUAGAACACCUGGUUUGAUUACUAGUCUUGUUGGAAGUGGUGAGUCGGAUCACGUUGAGGACGUGAUGCGGAAAGAUGAUUCAGACGAUGAACCUGAUCACAUAUCGGGGGAUAGUGAGGAGGAGACUCCGAUAGCCCCACCUGCACCUCAGGGGCCAUCCAGUUUUGGGUCCCACCAACAACCGUCCCAUUUCUCAACGCUGAACGUGGAAGCAAUUAUUGAAUCAGAUCAUCUGAAGUAUGUUGGGAGAUGCAAGGAAUUUGGAAAUAGCUGCACGUGGAUGAUCCGCGUGGCACUUCGACAGUGCAAGGGUAACUGGGAGGUUAGAAGGGCGGAUGCAGCGGUUACGAUAAAGGUAUUGCAGGAAGUUACUGAGUCAACCUACGGAUUCAGGCCUAGUUAUAGAAAGAUGUGGAAGGCAAAGGAGAAGGCAGACGCACAGAUUUAUGGGGAUUGGAAAGAGUCGCGCAUAGGGAAUUCACAUUGCAGCAGCAGCAAUCAAAUGCAAGCGAUUCAGAGGGUGUGGAGGCAAUGGAAUGAAGGAACUGCUUUAGAACUAGUUUAUCGAUCUAUUGGCAAUUCAUACACAGAAUCUGAAGUUCUAAGAUGCAUACAUGUUGGUCUCUUGCAGGUUCUUCUAGAUCUACUUUGA